UUUAGUAUCGCAAGCUGGAAGCUGAAAUCAGACACAGACGAACGCACCCGAGCUAGCAGGGCUUUUCCUUCCAGAUCUGUGUGCUAACUUUUUGCAUGUCCAUCCCUCAGCAUCUUCACUUCUAGGUCUACCUAUUGCAGUACGAAUCUACGUGUUCGAUUGCCCACUAGUUGCUAAACUGUUAGGGGUGGAUAGUUGGCCUGCAAACUUGUCGAGGUCACCAGCACCUUCUGUCGUCGAUUCCUCCGACUUUAAUCGUCACAGCCUGAGAAAUGGCAUCAGCUGGGGGUGCCGCGGCAGCUGUUUCGCCGUUGGCGAAGUAUAAGCUAGUGUUUCUCGGAGAUCAAUCCGUUGGGAAAACAAGCAUUAUUACACGUUUUAUGUACGACAAGUUUGACAACACAUAUCAGGCCACUAUUGGAAUCGACUUUCUGUCUAAGACCAUGUACCUUGAAGACCGGACGGUGCGGCUGCAGCUAUGGGAUACAGCUGGGCAAGAGAGGUUCCGCAGUCUAAUUCCCAGCUACAUCCGAGACUCUUCUGUCGCGGUUGUCGUUUAUGACGUGACAAAUCGCGCUUCCUUCUUGAACACAGCUCGGUGGGUGGAAGAGGUUCGCACAGAACGGGGUAGUGACGUCAUUAUCAUGCUGGUUGGGAAUAAGACAGAUCUUGUUGAUAAGAGACAAGUGUCCAUUGAGGAGGGAGAGGCCAAGGCCCGUGAUCUGAAUGUUAUGUUCAUUGAGACCAGUGCAAAGGCGGGCUUUAACAUUAAGGCUCUGUUCCGUAAGAUAGCAGCUGCUUUGCCAGGCAUGGAGGCGCUGUCAGCCACAAAGCAGCAGGAGGACUUGGUGGAUGUCAAGCUUACAUCAGCCUCUAGUCAGAGCGCAGCUGACAAGGUGGCUGCGGCCACGUGCUCAUGCUAGGCAAAUGUACUCGAUUGAUUCAUUCGUGCAAGAGGUGCUGCAGAAGACUACCGAUAUAGUAUCUCUACGGGUCUCUGAGUGACUCUGGUGAUGCAAUUGCUGGUCUAAGGUGUGGGUGAAGAUAUGAUGGGGACAUAUUUUCUACGUUUUUAGUGUUCCUUCUUACAUGACGUAUAGAUCAUAACUAGUCCUCCACAUUUCCGUAUGUCCACUCUUCGAUUAUCAUAGCGACCAUGUGACUCUCUAUCCAUAACAAGUACCCAUUCUCUGAGAGGAGUGA